CCGCCCGCCCUCCGCCCGCCGCGGCCCCGCGGCGCGGGCCCGCCGCAGCGCAGCCGCUCUGAGUGACUCUUGAUGGAAGAGCACGGGGUGAGCCAGGCAGAGCACAUGGCCACCAUCGAGGCGCACGCCGUGGCGCAGCAGGUGCAGCAGGUGCACGUGGCCACCUACACGGAGCACAGCAUGCUGAGCGCCGACGAGGACUCGCCCUCCUCGCCCGAGGACACCUCCUACGACGACUCCGACAUCCUCAACUCCACGGCGGCCGACGAGGUCACCGCGCACCUGGCGGCCGCAGGCCCUGUGGGGAUGGCAGCGGCUGCUGCCGUGGCCACGGGGAAGAAGCGGAAGCGGCCGCACGUGUUCGAGUCCAACCCCUCCAUCCGCAAGCGGCAGCAGACGCGAUUGCUCAGGAAGCUGAGGGCCACGCUGGAUGAGUACACCACCAGAGUGGGGCAGCAGGCCAUCGUGCUGUGCAUCUCACCCUCCAAACCCAACCCUGUCUUCAAAGUGUUCGGUGCUGCACCCCUGGAGAACGUGGUGCGCAAGUACAAGAGCACCAUCCUGGAGGACCUGGAGUCGGCGCUGGCCGAGCACGCCCCGGCCCCCCAGGAGGUGAACUCAGAGCUGCCCCCCCUCACCAUCGAUGGCAUCCCCGUCUCCGUGGACAAAAUGACCCAGGCACAGCUGAGAGCCUUCAUCCCCGAGAUGCUGAAGUACUCCACGGGUCGUGGGAAGCCAGGCUGGGGCAAGGAGAGCUGCAAGCCCAUCUGGUGGCCCGAGGACAUCCCGUGGGCCAACGUGCGCAGCGACGUGCGCACCGAGGAGCAGAAGCAGCGGGUGUCCUGGACCCAGGCCCUGCGCACCAUCGUCAAGAACUGCUACAAGCAGCACGGCCGCGAGGACCUGCUCUACGCCUUCGAGGACCAGCAGACGCCGCAGACCACGACCACGCACAGCAUCGCCCACCUGGUGCCCUCCCAGACCGUGGUGCAAACCUUCAGCAACCCCGACGGCACCGUGUCCCUCAUCCAGGUUGGCACGGGGGCCACGGUGGCCACGCUGGCCGACGCCUCCGAGCUGCCCACCACGGUCACGGUGGCACAGGUGAAUUAUUCUGCGGUGGCUGACGGAGAGGUGGAGCAGAACUGGGCCACGCUGCAGGGAGGGGAGAUGACCAUCCAGACGACGCAGGCCUCGGAGGCCACGCAGGCGGUGGCAUCGCUGGCCGAGGCGGCGGUGGCGGCGUCGCAGGAGAUGCAGCAGGGAGCCACUGUCACCAUGGCACUCAACAGUGAAGCCGCUGCCCACGCCGUCGCCACGCUGGCCGAGGCCACCCUUCAGGGAGGGGGACAGAUUGUCCUGUCUGGGGAAACUGCAGCAGCAGUGGGAGCGCUCACAGGAGUCCAGGAUGCCAAUGGGCUGGUGCAGAUCCCGGUGAGCAUGUACCAGACGGUGGUGACCAGCCUGGCGCAGGGGAACGGCCCGGUGCAGGUGGCCAUGGCGCCGGUGACCACGCGCAUCGCCGACACGGCCGUCACCAUGGACGGCCAGGCCGUGGAGGUGGUGACCCUGGACCAGUGACCCCGGAGCAGCCCCCGGCCCUGCCCAGCCUCCUCCUCUGCAGAAUUUUUACGCCUCUCCAGAGAUGCAAUCAGGUGGCAUUUUGAGUCUCUCGGCUUUGGAAGAAAAACUUUUUUUUUUUAUUUUAUUUUUAAAUUUUUUUCCUCUUUUUUUUUUUUUUAAAUCGAGAAAACUAGGAAAAAAAAAAACACAAAAAAACCAACCAAAUCCUGGCAGAGGAUGUGUGUAAAGUGCAUUUUUCUAGCGCCACUCUGCUCUCGGAGGAAGCCAAAUUGUGACGGGACUUUGAUUCUGAGGAGGUUGGAAAGAAAAGGAAAAUCAAAAUAAAGCGACCCUUGAUGCCCCGUUUUCCCCCACGUGGGAUCGAGCAGGAGGAGGCUGGGGGGCAGCACGGACACCCUCGGCCAGCACCGACCUCGACAGCAAAUUAGGUAUCAAAGAUUUUAAUAUGGACUUUUAUAUUCCGAAAAACCCACCCUGGAUACACAAACAAAACAGAAAAAAAAAAACCAACAAAAAAAACCCAACAAACCACAAAAGGAAAAAAACAACAAAAAAAAAAAAGCUUGGGGAAAAAAAUAAAAAAAAAAAAAGACUCCUGGGAAGGAAGAAAAAAAAAAAAUUAAAAAAAAUGAAAUGCAUGUGUGACUGCAGGGGGGUGGAUGAGACCUCCCUUGGGAUGGAUGAUGCUCUUCCAGGAGCCUGCCGCAGGAUCCGCGCCCGCUGGGCUCCCUUGGUGCACACUGGAGACCCGUUCCUACUUCUCUGCUCUCGUACCUGCCAUUUUACAUCCUCGGGGUUGUUUUGUUUUUUUUUUUUUCCUUUAUUAUUAUUAUUAUUGUUGAUGUUGUUGUUAUUGUUAUUAUUAUUUCGUGGCUCUAGACUGGAGCGGAAGCGCCUCUCAAGGGGCUCUGGCUGUGUCCCCCCCUUUUCUCCCACCACAUUCCCGGGAUUUCCCUCCAAAGGAGCCGCCUGGGGCUCGCCCCAUUCCCAGCCCCUCCUCUGCCCUGCAGAUCCCACAGGAAAAGCUUUGCCUGAGGGGGCUGCGAGCGAGACCCUUCCCUUUGGGGGCCCCUCUGCCUCUCCCAGCACGGUUUCAACCCCAAAAUCCUUCCCAGGAGGGUUCCAAAAGCCUUUGGGGUGGGCUGGGGGUGUUUUUGGGGGGCAGAUUUUACUCAGCAUCCCCAUGGGCCAAACCCUGGUGCCCAACCAAGCCCCUUCCCCCCCCCUGCAAGCACUUCCCGUGGGAUUUCAUUUUUGGGGUUAUUUUGGGGGGUUUUUUAUUCUCAUUUCCACGUGGCCGUUCAAGUUCUCCACGCCUCGCUCUGCCUUCGAGGGAGUUUUCAGAUUCUUGUAUUUACUUGUUUUAUAUGGGGGAAAAAAAACAAAAACCCACAAAAAACAAACCUAUCCAAUGUUCUUUGUAUACAGUUCUUGGGUCCUUUUUCCGAGGGGAGGGAGAUCUUUCCAUAGAGACAGUCCUGGUUCUCCAAUCCAUGACGUUUUUUGGGUUUGGUUCUUUUUCUAAUGAUUAUUUUUUUAUCGUCGUUGUGAAGAUGUCGGUGGCUUUCCAAGUCAGUGUUUCUUUGGCGAUGAAAUGAGGUUCUUUUAGUCCUCCCACCCCCCCCAAAAAUAAAAAGACAAAAACCAGGCAAAUAGCAGAGCAUGGACCCCCCCCUUGUUUUCCCAGUGUCUAUUAUUGCCUCAUUCAAUAAAUUGUUAC